AUGAUCCGCCAGCUCCGUCAGUCUCUGCGCACGGCCCGUCGCGCUCGUCCAGCGGUCCCCUGCGGCGUUGUGCGGUCAAUGUCAGGCUCCAGACCCACAGAGCUGGACUUGUUCACGCCCAGUGAAGAACACGGAGCUCUGCGGGAGAUGCUGGCGGGUUUCGUCACGACCAAAGUGGACCCUCAGGCACUGGAGCACGACCGUGAGGAGAAGUUCAAUGUCAAGUUGUUUCGGGAGCUGGGGCAUCUUGGACUCCUGGGCAUUACGGCCCCUGAAAAAUAUGGAGGAUCGGGGAUGGACGCACUUGCAGCUGUGAUUGCGCACGAAGAGCUCUCGUCGAGUGACCCGGCCUUCUGUCUGUCGUUCUUGGCGCACUCGAUGCUGUUUGUGAACAACGUGGCACAGAACGCAUCGGAUCAGCAGUGCAAGAAGUACCUCCCUGACGCCUGUUCCGGCACGAAGAUCUGUGGCAUGGCCAUGAGUGAGCCCUCUGUUGGAACGGACGUGCUGGGUAUGCGCACAACGGCAAAGAUGUCGGCGUGUGGGAAGUUCUACAUCUUGAACGGCACCAAAAUGUGGAUCACAAACGGGGCGCUUAAUGACACGGAAUUAGGCGACACGUUUUUGGUGUACGCGCGCACCGGCCAGUCGAACAAGGCAAAGCAGGACUUUUCGUCGUUUAUCGUCGAGAAGGGCUUUGAAGGGUUUUCGCUUGGCCAGCGCAUCAAAGACAAGUGCGGCAUGCGCGCGUCGAAUACGGCCGAGCUGGUGUUUGAGAAUUGCAAGGUGCCGGUCGAGAACUUGAUUGGCACGGAAGGCGGCGCUGUCCUAUGCAUGAUGCGCAACCUCGAGAUCGAGCGCGUGGCGUUGGCUGCCAUGAGUUUGGGCAUUGCUAGACGCUCGCUCGAGGUCAUGAACAGCUAUGCAAAGGAGCGAGAAGCCUUCGGCCGACCCCUGAACAGCUUUGGCCAAGUUCAACAGAACAUUGCCACGUCGUAUGCAGAGUACAUGGCAGGGCGCGCGUACGUUUACAACACAGCAAGACACCUGAAGCUGGACUCGGUGGGCAACCGAGUGGACACAGACGGCGUCAAGCUCUACUGCGGCGACAUGGCAAAGCGUGUUGCAGAUCGUGCCAUUCAGACACUCGGCGGCUACGGCUACGUUGGCGAGUACAAUGUAGAGCGUCUGUGGCGCGAUUCCAAGCUGUUGGAGAUCGGUGGAGGGACCAAUGAGUCGCAUCACAAGAACAUGGUACAAGAUCUUCUCCGAAGCGCAUUCUGA